ACGUUAUGUUUUGGAAAACUCCAGAUACGCUGACAUCAUAUUUAUAAUUAUGAGCGUUUAAUGAGAAAAGUAGCAUCAUUUGAGUAGGUAGUUGGGAAGGGCCUGACUUUCUGAAACAAGGCCAGGGAUACUGUCACCUAACUGGAGUAUAACAGAUUUUUUUAGCUACAGGCAAAACACAUUUUCUUUCCCAGGGCAGUUGAGUUAGAAGAUUAGCCUCCCUUGCUUACUAAGAGAGGAAAUACUUCUUCCUCUACUCAGGGCAGCUGUAACCAGUUCUCCCAGAGAAAUCAUUAAACCUGAAGGAUCCUAGCACAGAGCCCAGAAGACGUGGCCGCCCUUCUUCCAGUCUCCCAGCUUCCCCGCUGAUUCAGCGCAGGCACCUUUCGGGGAUUUCCUUACUCUUCACCUACAAGAUCAUCAUGGAAGUCUCAAAGGAAAUGUUAUUUGAGGAGUUGGACAACUAUUCCUAUGCCUUAGAUUAUUACUCCCAGGAGUCUGACCCGGAGGAGAAGGUGUACCUGGGACUCGUUCACUGGAUCUCCCUGUUCUUAUAUGCCCUAGCAUUUGUUCUGGGCAUCCCAGGAAAUGCCAUCGUCAUUUGGCUCAUGGGAUUCAAGUGGAAGAAGACAGUCACCACUCUUUGGUUCCUCAAUCUGGCCAUCGCAGACUUCAUCUUUGUUCUCUUCCUGCCCCUGUACAUUUCCUACGUGGCCUUGAGUUUCCACUGGCCCUUUGGCCUGUGGCUCUGCAAGGUUAAUUCCUUCAUUGCCCAACUGAACAUGUUUUCCAGUGUUUUCUUCUUGACAGUGAUCAGCCUGGACCGCUACAUCCACUUGCUCCAUCCUGGCUUGUCUCAUCGGCACCGGACUCUAAAGAGCUCACUGGUUGUUGUUAUACUUGUCUGGCUGUUGGCUUCUCUGCUUGGAGGUCCUACCUUAUACUUCCGGGACACCAUGGAGGUCAACAACCACAUCAUUUGUUAUAAUAAUUUCCAGGAGCAUGAACUCACCUUGAUGAGACACCAUGUUCUGACCUGGGUGAAGUUCCUCUUUGGCUACCUCUUCCCUUUGCUAACCAUGAGCUCCUGCUACUUGUGCCUCAUCUUCAAGAUGAAAAAGCGGAACAUCCUGAUAUCUAGAAAGCAUCUCUGGAUGAUCCUGUCUGUGGUCAUUGCCUUCUUGGUUUGCUGGACCCCUUAUCACCUGUUUAGCAUCUGGGAGCUCAGCAUUCAUCACAACAGCUCUUUCCAGAAUGUGCUGCAGGGUGGAAUCCCCCUCUCAACUGGCUUAGCCUUCCUCAAUAGCUGCUUGAAUCCCAUCCUUUACGUCCUAAUAAGCAAGACGUUCCAAGCCCGCUUCAGGGCCUCUGUUGCUGAGGUACUAAAGCGUUCGCUGUGGGAAGCCAGCUGCUCUGGUACAGUCAGUGAACAACUCAGGAGUGCUGAAACCAAGAGCCUGUCUCUCCUAGAAACUGCCCAGUGAGUAUUGUGUUCCCAGAAAAUCAGUGCAAAGUUUUCAUGUGAGCCUCAUAACAAAUCCUUUCAGAUUAGGUUGCAUUCUGAUCCACACUGAUCAUGUUUUUGUUCAGUUAUAUUUUUGCUUGGCUAUAAAAGGGAGGAUUUCUUCCCUGCAAUUUAAAUCAUGUAUCUUUCUGGCUGCCCUCUGGUGGCCGUUCUGAUACUGACAGCCUAAAAGUUUCUUCCACUAUUUUAGCCUGCGUCUGUUAAUGUACUGCAAUGUAUGUAUCAAAUUAAGUCAUUUUUAUAGUGUAUACCACAUUAUAUUAAUUAUCUCUAUUGAAAAAGUAUCAGGCUGGGUUCUUUGUUUGCUUUUGCGUCAUUUUGUGUACGCGUGCAUGUUCAUGUGUUUGGAGGUGUAAGCUGUAACUAAAUCAUGUGUUUCUCAUGGAGACACCCA